AUGUCUUUAAACCAUACAAUAUCGCUGACUGAACACUCAACCAGGACAUUUUCAGAAAUCGAACAUGAAUAUUCUACACAACCGUUCGUUUCAUCAGCCGAUAGAAGAACCGCAGUGGAAGAUGACAUCCAACUCAAGCCGUAUCCACCUAGUUAUACAACACAAGUCAUUGAAAAGAGCAAGGCCAGCAGCCAUCCAGAUAACGAUUCCAUCAUGUCGAAAAAGAAGCGACGCUGGUUUGUAUUCAGAAGGAUUGCCUAUAUCGUCAUCAUGAACGCAGCUAUUCCCAUUGCCCUGUAUUAUAUAUUGAAAGAACAUUUGCCUGCUGUGUGGGCAUUGGUGUUAUCGAGCACGCCUACCAUGAUAUCGGUCAUCGUCCAGGCCAUGUUCAUGAAGCGAAUUGACUCUAUCGGUGUAGCAGUUAUAUUUGGUUUUAUAUUAUCAGUUGUUUUGGCAGUGUUAAAUGGAGAUCCAAAAAUGCUGCUGUUGAGAGAAUCCUUUGUCACGGCAGGCGUCGGUGUGGUCUGUGCCAUCACCCUGCUACCCAUCCGUUACAAAUCGUUUGUUUUAAAACCAGUGCUGUACUACUUGGCGAGUGAUCUCAUUCCACUCAAGCCAGUGCAAUUUCAGGAUCCAGCCAAACCACCACAGAAACGCAUGGAUUUCUACUGGCAUCAUUCGGCAUUCUGCAGAUUUCAUUUUAGACUUUUGACAGCCAUAGAUGUCGUUAUUUUAGAACUGGAGUUUGGGUUGAAGCUAUUCUACAUUUUGCGAUUUGACAUCGACACCGUGGUCGUUUUGAGCAACUCAACAUUAUCGGUUAUUGGCAUCAUUGUAAGCUUGUCGACUAUUGGGUACAUAAUGCAAAUCAGAAAGCGCCUAAGAAAGGAUGAACCACAAAUGUUGCAAGAGGCUAUGGCGGUUUCUUAA